AUGACUCUCAGUCCUUCCGAAACUAUCUACAAGGAAAGUGAUGUACCAAUAAAUAAUUCGAAUUAUAUUACAGAAAAUAAUCCAGGAUCCUUGGGUAACCAUAGAAACAUAGAAGGUAGUUGGGAAAUAUCAAAUAUACAGACACCAUCUUCAUCAGGAUUGUGCAGUGGAAAUUUAGAUACCCAAUCUGAUUUAAUGGACACUUGCUGUGCUAGCGAUUCAGACACAGCUUUCAGUUUUUCUGUGAACUCAAUCUUUUCUGGUACUCCUAUAGACAUUUUACCGGUUGAAAGGAAACAUUUGCUACUAGAUGACAAAAUUGAGACUUCAUUGGGUUACAGGAAAAAUAUACUGAAAAGAUUCAAGAGAUUCUUGAGGCAUAUAAAAGAGUUCAGCAGUGCAUUGACAUUAUAUAUAAUUUAUCAUAUAAGCAUUUUAAAUAUAUAUCCUGCAAUAUAUAGUGCUCAUAAAGAUAUGCAUGCUGGUAAUAUAUACGAAUAUUAUUAUGUUAGACACAUUAUACCUAAUGGAUUAACUUCCAGUAUUAUGGAUUCCUGCUAUAUAGCAUGUUUAGUGUAUAUAUUUACAUAUUUUACAGGAAAAUAUAUAAGACGUACAUGUAGUAACAUUAAAAGUACUCCAAACUUUAAUGAGAUAUCUGUAAUAGUUUCCACAAUUUUGAUGCGGAUUUUUGGUAUUUCAUUGCUAAUAAUAAUUUUUAUAGGCUUAAGUCAGUAUAUUGCUCAUGAAAGUUUGAAUUCAAAGGGAUUGUUUGUACCAGAUAUUUGGUUUUCUUUAGCUAAGGACAAGUACAAAUAUGAUGAUUUCAAAGGAUGGGAUUGUAUAUUUUGCCAUUGGAUAUUUUAUUUGUUCGGAAUUAUUGUUGACUUUAAUGGAUUUGUAAUAUCGCUUAAAAUGAUAUUUUUGUAUGUACACUGGUUUGAUUUUACUGCUUUAGUGACAUAUUUAACUAUUCUAAUAAAUACAGGAUUACCUUUAAUGCGAGAAGGAAUGUUGGGACCAUACAAUUCUUGCAAUGGGAAUGAUCAUCAUUGGUAUAAAUUUGAUACAAAAGAUAUCAUGCAUAUCAAAAGUUCAAGUGGAACUAUGCACUUUGGUGAUUUUAGGGCUUCUGCUAGCUCAAGCUAUCCUCCAUUAUUUUAUAGUGACUAUAUUUUGAUGAGGGAUGGAGUUAAAAUUGCAAUAGAUGUAUAUUUACCAAGAAACUAUUUCAAGUAUAAGUCUCUACCUACUGUUGUUGACAUAACAAGAUAUAACCGACGCAUGAAUAUACAUUGGCCAUUCACUUUAUUUUCAUUGUGGGGUGAACCACGUUCAGUGUCAAUGAAUAUCUGGUCAUGGCAAAUAACACAAACAUUUAUACCAAAUAAUUAUGUAGUUGUUGUACUUGAUACUAGAGGUACGGGAGCAAGUACUGGUUAUAGGGUUGUUGAUUUUUCAAAAAAGGAGGUUGAUGACUUCCCAAAAAUAGUUGAGUGGAUUAAAAAACAACCCUGGAGCAAUGGAAAAGUUGGAAUUGGGGGAAUUAGCUAUGAUGGAAUGGCUGCACUAAAGACGGCCUCUUCAACAAUAGAUAUACUUGGAGAUGAUAAUAAGGGAUUAUCAAGUAUAUCAAUGAACUUUACAAAUAAUUCGCAAGUUCUUGUAGAUGCGGUUUUUGCAUUAUAUUCGCCAAUGAAUGUAAUUACAGAAUUGGUUGAGCCUGGAGGUGUCAUUUGCAAGUCUUUUGUUGAAGAUUAUAGUAGCCUAACUCAUUCAUUUGAGCAAUAUGGUAGUCCAUUGUGGCAUUUCUUAAAGUCUGUAUCAUAUUACCCAUUUAAACUAAUUCUUGCAUUUGUUCUAGUUUUGGGAAAUGUCUCUCCAGUUCAGGGUUAUGCGCAUACAAAAAGACAAGCCUUAGAGAUACAUAAGAAAAAUUGGGAUAUGUCAAAAACGAUAAAAAAGUAUCGUCACAUAGACGAACCUGUUAUGCUUGAUGAUGGGACAUUUAUUAGUGCUGAAAGUCUUGGAAAUACAGUUGAAACUGCACAUAUACUUGGAAGGAAGGGUGUUAGUGUUUAUCUAACGACAGGUUAUUGUGAUUCAGCAAAUACAAGGGGUGUCUUACAGUUUUAUGAUGCAUUAAUCGAUUCUUCACUAAAAUUCAGCAAUAUUAAAUAUAGUGGAAAUGACACAAUAACAGGUAAGAAACCAAUUUAUAAGUUGGUAAUGGGGCCAUGGACACAUUCAGGGCGUAGUAACUGCUCUCCUUAUGGCAAGCAAAAAUCUUGUUUCGAAGCCUCACUAUAUUAUGAUUUAGUGAGAUUUAUGGAUUGUAUUUUAAAAGGAAUUUGUUGGUCUCAGGAUGAUGAUAAUAUUCAUUAUUUUCAAAUUGGAGAAGAGAAGUGGUACAGUACAAAUAAGUUUCCUCCAGAUGAUACUAAAUAUAUUCACCUUGGAAUUGAUCAGCCUAGUUCCAUUGUUGAUAGCAAUAAAUCAUUUAAUAGUAAAGCCAGAAAAACGAAUAUUGUACCAUUGUCAUAUAUCUUAAGUAAUUAUUUGAAACAAGGCCGAGUUAAUUCUCCUAGAUAUAUUCAGUUAAAGGUAAAUGAUAACUAUAUAUCGGAACAUAGGUCAAGAUGGAUGAUAGCAUUGCAUCCUUUUCGUGUUACAGUUACAUACAACAAGAAGGGAAAGCAGAUUUGGCAUGCUGGAGAACGAUUACAUAGCCAAAAUAAUAACCAACAUAUUCGAUUUAUAACAAAACCAUUCAAAACAGCACUUAAAUUAGCUGGAAGUGUUUGGCUUACAUUUUCAGUACAACUUUUGGAUGGUUAUGAUGCACCAAUAUAUGUAUAUUUAGAAGAUAUAUUUCCAGACGGAACAAUAAAGUAUGUAACAGAAGGGCUUGCACAGAUAGGUCAUAGACAUGUAGAAAUGCCAAAAGAUAUAUUGAAUAAUAUUCCAGAUGGUUCACCUAUUAAAGUUGUGCGCCCAUUAAUAAAGGAUUAUUAUAGACCACUCGAGAAAGUAGGUGACACAAUUGAUGUACAGAUAACUCUCGAACCAAUAGCAUGGACAUUCUUCAAAGAUCAUAAAUUAGCAAUUUCGAUAACAGGAGCUGAUAAGAAUAAUUUCAAGAUUCAUCAUAUCUCCCAAAAAUUACAGAUUGCCAAGACACUGAAUAUUAAACUUGAUGACUCAUUCUCAAUAAAAAUUCCUAUUCAAAGAUAG